AUGAGUGUGUUUGGUGUUAUGUCGACUAACUGUGGUCCGGAUGAAGUAACAAAACCAGAAAAUGUAUUCGAUGUUUCAGAUUUGGUAGAAAGAAAACAGGAGUUACGUUUUAUUUAUUUGGUGAAUUUAAUCUUUUUGGAAAAAAUCGGGGCGGAAGGGGCAUUUUCAGUCUGUUUCUUCUACACACCAGAACUCUUCCCGACCAAUGUAAGGAACGUUGGUCUUGGCUCGGCGUCAGUUGCAGCUAGAACUGGUGGUAUGAUAGCACCGUUUUCCAGGCUAAUGAUCCAGCAUAUUCCAUGGGGACCCGGAGCGAUAUUUAGUAUUUUCUGUUUAGUAUCAGCUUUUCUAGUGAUAUGGUUACCAGAAACUAAAGAAAAACAACUUCCACAAACUAUGGCAGAUAUCAAACUUCUCUAUCCAAAGGGGAAUAGGAAAGCGGUUAAAGAUGUAGAAUUAGAACACGGGUUGAACUUCUUGCAGUAA